CCCGCGGGCAGGGCAGGGGCAGGGCGGGCCCUGGUGGCUGUGCGCCUGCGCGCCCGUUGGGGGCGGUCACCCCGGAGAGCGGCCUGGUGGAGGCGGCAGCGGGUCAGCGCGGCGGCCAGAGAGUUUGGAGACCGGAGAGCUGAGCUAUGAAGAUUUUGAUGCCGUUCUAUAUCAGAAUCCCUGACUCGAAAGCCAGCAGUACAAUUUCAAGAAGAAAAACUUAACCUUCAUCGGACUUCGCUGUCAGAGGAGAGGCCCAAGCUUUCAGAGGGAGCCGCUGCUUGGAGACUGGACCCCUGGCAGCCACGCGGGAGGAGCUGACUCCCUGCGGCCCAGAGUUGCCGAACUACGAAGGAUCUUUGAGCCCCACCUGAGAGAAGUGUCAGGGAUGAAGAGGAAAGAGAGGAUCGCACGGCGGCUGGAGGGCAUCGAGACCGACAGCCAGCCCCUCCUGCUGCCCGGCUGCCCCGGCCUGGUCACCCACCGGCUGCUGGAGGAAGACGCGCCCCGCUACAUGCGAGCCUCGGACCCCACCAGCCCGCACGCUGGCCGCUCCAACGAGGACGAGGAGACGUCAGACUCUUCCUCCGAGAAGCAGGCUCGAGCCAGGCUCUGCCCCGAGGCCACUGCCGUCCAGAGCCCCCUGGACGUCCAGGGGCUGGAGUCCAAGGCCGAGCGGAUCGCCCGGUAUAAAGCAGAGAGACGGCGGCAGCUGGCGGAGAAGUACGGGCUGAGCCUGGAGCCGGAGCCGGGCGCCCAACCCGCGUCCUCAUCCUCACGCUGCAGACCCCGCGGGGAGCCCCCGGCUGCAGAGAGGAGGGGCAGCGGGGCAGACCGUUGGGAGGACCCCCGGGAGGACCCCCUCCCUGCCCGCCCCAGGGCCCGAGGGGGUGAGCCCUGCCUGGGGAGCCAGAGGCACGACGCCCGGGACCUGCCCCCCGCCGCAGAGACGGCCCCCUGCUUCCCGUUCUCCGAGGCGCCCGGGGCCCCCAAGCAGAUGCCCAGCACGCCCCUCGCCCUGCCCGGACAUCCCGGCUCCCCUCGCCCCUCCCUGGGGGACCUGUUCCUGCCUGAGGUGCACAGCAGCCCCGGGAAGCCCACCCACGAGUGGUCUCUGCAGAAGGACGCAGAAGGGGACACGUCUUCACUCAUCAACUGGCCCUCCAGAGUCAGAGUUAGAGACAAGCUGGUGAAAGAGGAGAGAACUCGAGGCAGCCCGGAAGCCUCCCGAGAGCCCCCCCCUCAGAGGCCGCAGCCCCCCAGGGCCGGCCCCCACCUGUGCUUCCACUCGGAGAACUCGGCCUUCCGGAGGGUUCCGAGCACGGCGGCCCAGCCUGCCCGGGGCUGCGUCCAGCCCCCGGAGCCCGCACCCGCGGCCCGGCUAGUGUCGCCGGCCGCCCUGGAACACGCGCCCGAGCUCAGCUGGGUGGGGGAAGCCGCCCCGAAGGCGCUGGACGGUGGGAGAAGGGAGAGCCUUGUGCUCCAUAUCCAAGAAUCCAGCGCAGAGGAGGAGGAAGAGGAAGGCCAGGGAGCACCGCCCUCCGGGGAGGAGCCCGGGGCCAAGGACCAAGGCUGGACGCCUCCGGGAGCCCCGGCCCCGCAGACUGAGCCGGAGGGCCCCCCGCUCGCCCCUCUGCCGCAGAGAACGGGCAGGAGCGAGAUGGCAGUGCACUUGCAGAGCGGGGCCAGGCCGCAGGCCUCCAGGGCACCAGGCCACUGCUGGGAGGUGGCGUCGAAGAGGCGCAGGGGCCUCGAGCGGUCGCUGUCUGACUACACGGGGCCACCCCCGGCCCCCGGGCGCAGAGACCCCGAGCCCCCCUCGGAGGCCGGCCUGCUGGACACCAGGGUCUCCGUAGCCCGGCUCCGCCACGCCUACCUGGAGUCGGCCGCGGCCAGCAGGAAGCCUGACCUCCGCCCACGGGGCGACAGGUCAGCUGGAGCAGCGGGGCUGCCGGGAGGUGCGGACCCCGAGAGAGUGUCCCGGAAGCCAAGGCGCUAUUUCUCUCCUGGCGAGAGUAGAAAGACUUCCGAGAGGUUUCGGACUCAGCCCGUAACCUCGGCCGAGCGCAAGGAGACCUAUAGGUAGGCGCGGGGCCAGGGCGUGUGAUGCGGGGACCCGGCUGCCCCGACCUGCGGGGAGGUCCACCUCACUGGUGCCCAUGGGGUCCCGAUGUGGAGAAGCGAAGGCCUUGCUUUACAACAAGUGCUUUCAGUGCUGUGUCCCGGCUGCCUCAGAACCGAGUUGUCGUGCCAGGCCUUAUUCUGAGCCCGGGGGGACUCCCUUCUGUCUCCUCUCUGUCCCCCGAGGGGACUCUUUCCUGUCUCCUCUCUGUCCCCCGAGGAGUCUCUGUCCUGUCUCCUCUCUGUCCCCUGAGGAGACUCUGUCCUGUCUCCUCUCUCUGUCCCCUGAGGAGACUCUGUCCUGUCUCCUCUCUCUGUCCC